CGCGGGAAUUGUGAGAUUAUCCUUCUCACAUUCAGAUAUGGCACUUGCACUUGCAUAUUGCUGCAUAUGGUGCCAUGGUGAACGUCAGAGAAUUCUCAGCAUUCUAUUCCAAUCGGGGCAUCCAAGACAACUUUACUCCGGAGAAGCGCCGUGGAAUUGCCACAAGUUUAGACCCAAAGAACACGAUGUUUUGUGACCUUCCCGGCGUCACCCCGAAUUACUCUAUAUUCUG